GAACGCCCCAAAAAAUCGUACUCCGAAGUGGAAGACGUUCUUGGUAGUCUACAGUAAACUUCUGAGGUCUUCGAUUGGCGUACAAAUCAGUGGACGCCAUUACAACCAUAGCCUUUUAUUUUCUUCUCUCAACUCACGCACAUUAUGUCUCUGGAUCAAAAAUUCAUCAAGGCUGCUGAAGAUAUCAAGGCAUUGCCUGCCACGCCAACAAAUGAUGAAUUGAAAGACCUCUAUGCUUUGUUCAAACAAGCCACUGUUGGGGAUGUUAACGUUGCGCGACCCGGUAUGCUGGACUUGAAAGGAAAAGCUAAGUGGGAUUCUUGGGAAUCGAAGAAAGGUAUGUCCUCGGAUGCUGCCAAGGAAGCCUAUAUAGCCAAAUCAGCAGAGUUGGUGGCAAAAUAUAUUUCAUGAUUCGCAUCUUCAUAUCGUGAUCCUCCGUGCUAAUGUCCACCUUUACCAGACAGCUCAGUUUUCUUAAAUUUAAAAUUAUUUUAAUGUUCAGUGUUGUCCUAUACUAAAUUUGAUGGUACAGAAGUAUACGGAACACCAUUUGA